ACGAUUCAAAUUCCUUCUAUACUUGCGGCUUGUCCGAAUAUUCCAUUGUUUAUUUAUUUCUUCAUAAAGUUUCAAUCUUGGUGUCGAUGCUCCUUCUCCGCGUUCUCUCCAGAUUUGACAACCUGAUCUUCAUGAAUUUGAGAACUUCUGGUGCAUCGUCCGUUGUUUCCUGCAAGUUGGGAAACAAGAGCUACUUCUUCUCCUGGAUUCUCUUUUGCUUGCUGCCAAAGUUUCUAGGAACUCCCAUUGCAUACGUGCCCCCGUUCUUCUUGUUAAUUAAGGCCAUUGAUUUGAGUCCUUCAACCGGAUUGGUUUUGGAGAAUUUUAGGGGAAUUUAGCCAGUUUGGUGAUUGCUUUCACUAUCUUCAUUUGGUUUCCUUAGAUAAAACUUGGUAGCAUGGUUUCCUCUCAUUUACCAGGUUCCCGCAUGUGCAAACCACUCCUUACAGAGCUAUUUCUUCCUACGAACCCUGCAGAUGUUGUUGUAUCUGAAAAUGUUGAGCUGGAUUUUUCUGAUGUUUUUGGUCCUGUACCUGUUCAGACCUCAGCUCAAUUAAGUUGCAGUGAUUUGGGGAAUUCUGUAGUUGAUACAUCUGAAGUUAGUGAGAUAAUUUAUGAAGAUUCGGUUGUCAUUUACAACCGAUCACAUUCUCUGGUUGGCCCCUCUUCUUGUGUAAGUGAAUCACUGAAAUUGAGCAAGCUCACUCUACAUGAGACACAGGAUUCAGAGGAGCUACUGGACUGUGUUGAGGGAGAGAUGAUAAAAGAAUUUGAGAAAUCCUCCAUUGACAAGGUUAUUUCUAAUAAUGAGCAUCUUGAAAAUGUCAAUGGAUGUUCUACUGAGGUCUGUAGUGUAGGCAUUGAGGAUUUUGAAGUUUUGAAGGUUGUUGGGCAGGGUGCAUUUGGAAGGGUGUAUCAGGUGAGGAAGAAGAAUACCCCAGAAAUAUAUGCGAUGAAGGUUAUGCGAAAGGACAAGAUUAUGGAGAAGAAUCAUGUCGAAUACAUGAAAGCUGAGAGGGAUAUUUUGAUGAAAAUAGAUCACCCCUUUAUUGUGCAACUCAAAUAUUCUUUCCAAACCAAAUAUAGAUUAUACCUUGUGCUGGAUUUCAUAAAUGGAGGACACCUUUUUUUCCAGCUCUACCACCAUGGCCUUUUCAGAGAGGAUCUGGCACGUAUAUAUGCUGCUGAGCUUGUUUCUGCUGUUUCUCACCUUCAUUCAAAGGGCAUAAUGCAUAGGGAUCUUAAACCUGAAAAUGUUCUUUUGGAUGCAGAUGGCCAUGUAAUGCUUACUGAUUUUGGCCUGGCAAAGCAAUUUGAUGAAAAUACAAGAUCCAACUCUAUGUGUGGUACAAUUGAAUAUAUGUCACCUGAAAUUAUUCUUGGAAAGGGCCAUGAUAAGGCUGCAGACUGGUGGAGUGUGGGAAUUCUGUUGUAUGAGAUGCUCACUGGAAAGCCUCCUUUUAUCGGUGGGAACAGACAAAAAGUCCAGCAAAAGAUAGUUAAGGAUAAGAUCAAGCUGCCAGCAUAUUUGUCCAGUGAAGCACAUGCUCUGUUGAAAGGGCUACUACAAAAGGAACCUAGCAAGCGCCUAGGUAGUGGACCUAGAGGAAGCGAGGAAAUUAAGCAACAGAAGUGGUUCAAAUCAAUCAAUUGGAAGAAACUGGAGGCAAGAGAAAUCCAACCCAGCUUUCGUCCGGAUGUUGCAGGGAAGCACUGCAUUGCUAACUUUGACAAGCAAUGGACUGAGAUGCCACUUUUGGAUUCUCCAGCUACAUCUCCAAAGAUCAAUAUAAACCCAUUCAUCAACUUUACUUAUGUGAGGCCUGCUGAUUCAUUCCUUCUGAGUAGUAGCCCCUAUUCUAGCUUUAUAUGAUGUUUUUGAGGGAUUACUACUUUCGCCAGUCGAUAGUGGAUCUAUAAUGGUGGCAUAAUUUGAAAGUAUUUUACUCAGUAGACAAACUACUCUAUGGUGUAUUACAUUCUCUGCUAUAAACAUAUGUUCUGUAGACUCAUCCAUCCUCGUUUCCUAUUAUAAUAAGUUAUGUCCUUAGUUGACGGUGUUAUUGAA